ANUACUACAGCCUGGAGGUGUCCUACUUCAAGUCCGCCCUUGAUAAUCGCCUCCUCGAGUCGCUCUGGGACAAGUACUGGGUGCACACGCUCUGCUCCUCCAGUUUGUUGACGAACAACGACUACACCACCGGACAGAUCAAAGACCUGAGCGACAAGAUCGAGAACUGCGAGUCGAGUGUCAGCCGCGUCGGUUUUGCCGCCUACCACGGCGACGGCGGCAUCGGCAGCAGCGGCGACUCGCGCGCCAAGGAGGACAAACUGUCCAAGGCGGAGAAGGACAGCUCGAAGAUUACCAUCGAGUCGAUUCACGGGCUGAUGUCACAGGUGCUCAAGGUGACGCUCUUUAACCGAAAGGGAGGCGGCGGUAAUGGGAACAAUGCCAUUGCCAACUGA